AUGAUCGGUUUAGUGUUAUUAUCUCUGUCUUCUUGGUUUAUAUUGCUCAAGCCGACAGGAUGUGGUGAUGGGAAACAGAUAUGUGUGCCUACGACUUCCUUCGGCUCGGCUAUAUUCUAUUUGGCCAUAUAUCUGGUGGCGUUUGGCUACGGGGGGCACCAGCCCACCUUAGCCACGUUCGGAUCCGACCAGUUCGACGAGUCAAACCCGAAGCAGAGGAACUCGAAAUCGAGCUUCUUCUCGUAUUUCUACUUUGCGCUCAACUUCGGCUCGUUGUUUUCGAACACUAUACUGGUGUACUUUGAGGACAGAGGCAAUUGGACGAUCGGGUUUUGGGUGUCCACCGCCUCUGCCGCCUUGGCGCUGGUAGCGUUCCUCGUCGGCUCCUCCGGGUACCGGUAUGUGAAGCCGUGCGGGAACCCUAUUCCGAGGGUGAUGCAGGUUUUUUGCGCUGCGUUUAAGAAAUUGAACGUGAGUCUAAAGGAAGGGGAGGAGUUGUACGAGGUCGAGAGGCCUGAUUCUGCUAUCAAAGGGAGCCGGAAAAUCUUUCAUAGUGAAGAGUUUGCGUGUCUCGACAAGGCUUCGAUAAUAACCGACGAGGACAAGCGGGGGCCGCCGAACCCGUGGCGGCUGUGCACGGUGACGCAAGUGGAGGAAGCGAAAUGCAUCCUCCGCAUGCUACCGAUUUGGCUAUGCACGAUCAUGUACUCGGUCGUGUUCUCCCAAAUGGCCUCUUUGUUCGUGGAGCAAGGCGACGUAAUGAGCACCAAAAUCGGCAAGUUCCGCCUCCCCGCCGCCAGCAUGUCGGCGUUCGACAUCUGCAGCGUCCUCGCAUUCACCGGAAUAUACCGCCGGAUAGUCGUUCCGGUCGCCGGGAGAAUGACCGGAAACCCUAGGGGUUUGACAGAGCUCCAGCGGAUGGGGAUCGGGCUCGUGCUAGCAAUGCUGGCGAUGGUGGCCGCCGGAGUGACGGAGAUGGAGCGGCUGAAGAUGGUGGUCGACGGCGAGCGGGCGAGCAGGAUGAGCAUAUUCUGGCAGGUGCCGCAGUACGUGCUGGUGGGGGCGUCGGAGGUUUUUAUGUACGUCGGGCAGCUGGAGUUUUUCAACGGGCAGUCGCCGGACGGGAUUAAGAGCUUCGGGAGUUCGCUGUGUAUGGCGUCGAUUUCGCUGGGGAAUUUUGUGAGCAGCGUGAUUGUGAAUGUGGUGAUGGCGGCCACGGCGAGCGGCGGCCGGAUGGGGUGGAUACCGGAGGAUCUGAAUCUGGGGCGGAUGGACCUGUUUUAUUUUCUGAUUGGGGUUUUGACGGCGGUGGAUCUGGUGGUGUACGUGGCGUUUGCUAAGUGGUAUAAAGGUAUUAGCUUUGAAGGAAAUUACGAUGAAGAGGAAGGGUAGAUAUGGAUUUUCCUUUUUUUUUUUUCUUAAUAAAGUAUUAGUAGCUUAUUUUGGGAAUAAAGAGAAAACCGAGACCCUUUUCUCUA